ACACUAAAGGGGUAGCUAUGGAGAUAGAGCGUUUUCCUGGCUGCCUUCUUUGACAGGUGUUGAGAGGGGUAAAAGUCUUAAAACAGUAUCCAGCAUGUACGCCAAAGGUAAAGGAGCAGUCGUCCCUUCCGAUAGCCAAGCAAGAGAAAAGCUAGCUUUAUAUGUGUACGAGUACUUACUGCACGUCGGAGCACAGAAAUCAGCACAGACCUUCCUGUCCGAGAUACGAUGGGAGAAGAAUAUCACACUAGGGGAACCUCCUGGAUUCCUGCACUCCUGGUGGUGUGUGUUCUGGGACUUGUACUGUGCCGCUCCGGACCGGCGAGAGACGUGUGAACAUUCCAGUGAGGCCAAGGCUUUCCACGACUACAGUGCAGCUGCCGCGCCCAGUCCAGUCAUGGGCAAUAUGCCCCCAAACGACGGCAUGCCAGGUGGACCCAUGCCCCCCGGCUUCUUUCAGGGUCCUCCCGGGUCACAGCAGUCCCCUCACGCACAGCCUCCCCCACACAACCCCAACAACCCUAUGAUGGGACCUCACGGCCAGCCUUUCAUGUCACCACGGUACCCAGGUGGACCUCGCCCUUCCCUCCGCAUGCCAAACCAGCCUCCAGUUGGAGUUCCAGGAUCACAGCCACUUUUGCCCAACAGCCUGGACCCUGGAGUCAGACCGCAAGGCCAUCCGAACAUGGGCGGCCCAAUGAGGAUGAACCCCCCCAGAGGCAUGGGUGGCAUGGGCCCACAGAACUACGGUGGUGGGAUGAGACCUCCGCCCAACUCACUCGGUGGGCCUGGCAUGCCAGGGAUGAACAUGGGACCUGGAGGAAGAGGUCCAUGGCCUAACCCCAAUGCAAACUCAAUAGCGUAUUCGUCCUCAUCUCCAGGGAACUAUGUGGGCCCUCCAGGUGGCAGUGGGCCUCCAGGAACUCCCAUCAUGCCCAGCCCAGGAGACUCCACAAACUCAAGUGAAAACAUCUACACAAUGAUGAACCCCAUUGGACCUGGCGGCAACAGACCCAAUUUCCCUAUGGGUCCAGGUCCUGAUGGCCCGAUGGGUGGUAUGGGAGCAAUGGAACCACAUCAUAUGAACGGAUCACUAGGCUCUGGCGACAUGGAUGGGUUGCCAAAGAACUCUCCCAACAACAUGGCGGGCAUGAACAACCCCCCAGGCACUCCGCGAGAUGACAGCGAGAUGGGAGGAAAUUUCUUAAACCCAUUCCAAAGCGAAAGUCGGGUGAUGCCCCACGGCCUCAUGGGAUAGCUGUGUCGCGAGCUGUGUGGCGAGCUCAGCAAGAGGAGCAGGGAGUAGCCUCAGGAGGAGCCACCUGACUGCCCCCUGCCCUACCCCACACUCCAGUCUCCUGUCCAGCCUCAUGCACUGAGGGCUCAUGGGGCGUGCCAGUCCUCCAGGAACCCUCUCAGCAAAUCAGCCAAUCAGAAGCUAAGGCUGGUGGCCCUCUUUUUCAGUUUAUUUUCUUUUUGUUGUGGUUGGUUUCUUCUUCUUUUGAAUCAGAAUCAGAAGCAGAAGUUGAAUGAGCAGGUCAGACUCCUCUGAUUUGUUAGAUACAUCAAUCGUUGGGUGGAUUUUUUACAGAAAAAUGAACUGUUGAUAUAUUAGGGUGACGCUUUUCAUUUUUGUGGUCUGUAUUUUGUUGAUGAUAUUAAUGAUUAUGAUAAUUCUCACAACUGACAUUGUUAAGAUGAUGUAGGCAUAAUGUUAUGGGUUUACCUGCAAAGGGCACAUUGUAUUUCAACCGCAUUGAUGACAUAAUAAGCACACACUCAGAAAUGCACAAUGACACUUCUGUUUACAUGAUUUUAGGUGUUUGUUGUCUCAUGUUAUUGAUUUUUGUUUGUUUGUUUGUUUAAAUGUCUCCCUGCACAUACCUCUUCCUGUGUGCUCUCUGUGGAACUCGCAUCAGCACCACUCCACACACCUGAAGAGCCUCAAAAUGGCUGCCAAGAUGGCCACCCAAGCCCAUCUGGCUUUACUCCUGCUAUCUGCUCCCCCCUUCUUGUUCCUCAGUCCAGCACUGGAAACCCCCCAACCCCCCACCCCACCCCCUGACACACACACACACACACACACACACACACACACACACUAAGCCUUUUCCAUGCUUGCUUUACCAUGCACCAUCUGUACUGACUUCUUGUUUCCUCAUUGAAGUUGUCAUCCAUUUAUUUCAAAGGAACUGGCUGAGUUUAGGCUGAUCCCAGUAACUAGCCUGUAGCCACCACACAUAGGUUAGACACUCAGAAGAGGGAACUAAUGGACUCCUUGAAACUUCUUCAGCUCGUCUUCAGCCUCAGUUCUACAUUUUUGUUGUUAUGACAUUGAUUUAUUUUGAAAGCACAACUUGGAAGAGUGUCAUGGUAUGGUGAUCACAUGGAGAAAACUGUUGAAGCCCCCUCUCUGGACAUGGACUGAUGUAAAGUUUAUUCCUACCCAUCAUCACUUCACAAAUGUUCACAUUCACAGCUUUACAUGUCCUUCACUGAUUCAAUCAUUUAAAUUAUUUAAAUGUUCUGAUUAUUAUUUGAAAGAGAAAAGCCCAUCAUUAUGCAUGCAUGUUUGGAGUGAUAUAACUCCAAGGUCAUCAUUCAGCAACAUCUGUCUGCAGUAUUCCAGUCAACGUCUGGGUUGCACUCUAAACUAACAAAGCUGGAACUGUGUGUGUGUGUGUGUGUGUGUGUGUGUGCAGGUGUGUGUGUGUUUGCUUUUAAUCAUGUACAGUUACACCAUGGUGGCGGUGUGCAGUCAUACACCUCAGUUGUAAUCAUAAGCCCUGCUGAUACCCCCCCUGCCCCCCCCAAACCCCUUUGCCACCUCUAUAAUAUGUCAUUCUAUUCUGUUGGUUUUUUUAUGAAUUGAGGAAAAACUCUGGGUCCCCGACUGUUGCUGGGCCAUAGUGCAGUGACUUAAGCAUAGCAAGCAGAAGGUCAUGGACUCUUUUAGGAGUAGUCUGGAGGAAUGUCUUGCCCCAUAUAUUCCUCAGCCACCAUAAAGAGCACCACCCAAUCCCACCCUCCCUCCUUCUUACCCCCCUCAGCCCGAACCCCAGCCCCCCGCGUUCUUAUUUGUAAAUACUGUAAAAUGCAUUUUGAUAUCAUUGACAUGUUUUGAUAUGUCUGUCACUACCAAUGACUACAGCUUACAAAAUGAUGAUGAUAAGAGUAUAAAAAUCAACUGUCCAUGUUUUCAUUUUUUAAAAGAUGGUAGAGCUUCAGAAACUGCAGCCUUUCAGAUAAAAUCACACAUUUCAAAGAGUUUUCUCUGUCCCUUGAGAAAGCUCCAACACCAGGAAUCUCUUGUAAUGUAUCACAUUAUGACAUUCAUGGAAAAGCUUUCACCUGUAAGCAGAAUAGGGUGCAGUAUUGCUGUCCAAAACAAGCAGAGUGGGGGCUUUUAUUAUAGCCAUACUUGACCCGGAUGCAUGUUGGCCAGCAGACUGUUUCAACUCAUACGCUUAUAUCUGCAUCAGUGGGUCUGACCUCUUUCUCCCUGACAACCCUCGUCUUUGUUGUCAACCAGAGGCGUAGGAAGCAGGGGAACAGGAGCCCAAUCCCAACCUCAGUACGGUCAUGUCUGACAUCUGAACCAGUUAUGCCCACAACCCACAUCAAGCUACAAAUAAUCUGUCAUUGUUGUUGAUUGUUGGCAAUGAUGAUAAAGUCAAUAACAGGCUUAACACACUGUGGGCCUAUAACAAUGACAGGAACACCAUUUUGUGAAAAUAUGAAGGAUGUUGUGUUGCUAAAUGGAACACCACAAGAAUAUAUUUAUUCUAAGUGUAAUGCCAAGUUCUCUGAUCCGAUGGAAAAGCCUUGUAUAGACUGAUGCUCACAGAUACUGUCAGUUCUCUCUGUUAAGCUGUUGGCCAUCUCUGUAAUUCUAUUGUGCUGUAUAAUAGUGUAAUAUUAGAAUGGAUUUGGGCGGGGGAUGGGGAAGUGUGUAUUGUGGACUGGGGGAGGGGGGAGGUUGUUGAGGGAAGGGUUGAUUUGAAUCUCAUGUACCGUUCAUUGUUCUAUUUGGCGGCACGACAGUAUUUAAUAUGAAGCAGUCUGUCUCUUUAGGUUUGCUUUGUAUUUCAUGGUAGGGUAGCUUUGAUCUUUGUCUUAGGGACUUAGGUGUCUUGUGUAGGUAAUAAAGAUGUCCUUUGUAUGUUUCUUUAUAUUGUAAAGUUUCUUUAGACUGAACGGGAAAAUUUGCUUAUCAAAAAAAGACUGCAUCAAUAAUAAAUGUAAUUUGAUAUUUUGUA